CAAUACCAAGCUGUUAAGCUACCCCGCCAAUCCUAUUUCUCACUUUGUUAGCGGAGCCGCGACUUUGCCCAGUCCUUCCCUCGGUCUUGUCUAAUGUCACUUGCCGAACACGUGGGCCAGAUAUGCUCUCGGAUGGCGCAACCGAUAUCUCCAAGACUUGCCAAAGGCGUGCUAUUGACAUGAUUUCCCUUUUCUUUCUCGCUUGAACAAAUAGUCUUGUGCAGGACUUUUAUAUAUCUUCGUCCUUGACCAGCAAUUGUACGAUUGCCAAUUCCGUAAUUCCAGACAAUGGCUCCCUCGUGGGAUCUUGAACAGUUCUUCGAAGGAACUGACGAAUUCCUCGAGAACUCCGUCAAAUACCUCGUCCGGAAUCCACUUGUCGCCCUUGCGAUCCUAAUCAUCAUCCACCUUGGUAUCUAUUUCCUUUUGAGGACUCAACCUCCGUCUCUGCACAAGUUUAAUGAUCUGAAGAUCUCAGAGAUCUAUGUAUAUCCCAUCAAAUCGCUGAGAGGAGCGCAAGUCUCCGAAGCGGUAGCCACCAAGGAUGGAUUCGACUAUGAUCGCCGAUUCAUGCUCCUCAAAGUUAACGACGACGGAAUCUAUCAAAACAUGCAGGUCUCACGCAUACCAGAAAUGUGCCGCUUCCUAACCAGCAUCACGCUCCCAUCCGAAGACUCCAAGGACUCAGGAUCCAUCAACGUCGAAUUCACCGCGCCGGGAAGCUCCAAAACCAACUCCAUCACCAUCCCCCUCGAACCCGACACCACCACCCUCCCGACCCUCGAAGUCGACCUCUACACCAGCAAAACGCAAGCCUACAAGAUGCCCUCCCACAUCAACGCCUGGUUCACCACCUGCUUCACCUACCCCGUCGUCCUCGCCUACCUCGGCCCCCACCGCCGCUCCGUCCUCUUCACCGACCUCCAACCCACCAAGUCCUUCCUCCCCCCCUUCUCCCCCUUCACCAAGACCCCCCAAAUCGGCUUCGCAGACUGCGCGCCCUUCCUCCUCAUCUCCAGCACCUCCGUCGCCGACGUCUCCUCCCGCCUCCCCGGGGCCCUGCAAAUGGACCCCACGAAAUUCCGCCCCAACAUCAUCCUCUCUGGCGCCGAAUCCGCCUGGGAAGAAGACUACUGGUCGCGCAUCGAUAUCUCCGGCACCAUUCUCCACACCUCGCACAACUGCGGCCGCUGCGCGAGCCUCAACGUCGACUACAACACUGGAAAGUACGGUACCGGGCCCGAGGGGACGGUGCUCAAGUUGCUGCAGAAGGACAGGCGGAUCGAUAUCGGGACGAAGUAUAGUCCUGUGUUUGGCAGGUAUAGUUUCUGGGAUGAGGGGAAUGGAGGGGAGAGGAGGUUGAGGGUGGGCGAUACGGCGAGGGUUACGAGGUUUAAUGUUAAGCCUACUGUUUUUAGUUGGAAAGCGCUGCAAAAGAUGUAGAUCAAUCAGUCGAUACUCACAUCAAAUAAAAAACAAUCAAUUCCUUCCAAUCUAUCCGUUCAGAGAAUCCAGUGACGUACCAUCUCACUGUCACUCAAAGACAGCGACGAAGAUGAGACUAGGAGUAGCAUGUGCUUGUCCCCUCUCCAUCGACUAACCCACUGAAAGAAAGAGAAGGG